UUUUCUACUCGUUUUCGUACAAUAUCUCGAUUGAAUUAAGCGGUCGGGGCGUAUCGACUAAGAAUGUAAACAUCGCCUCCCCUGCAAGAAGAGCGGAAUGAACGGGGCAUAACUGAGGCCAUUUAUCAUCUGUACCCAUGAGUCACGUGCGAGAUAUGUGCAGUCACAUGCAAAUGAUUAAGUAAUUGGCCUUCACUCACGACUUUUCAGCAAGAACACCAAUGGGUAUCGACAUCACCCACCACCACGUCAAGAAGGGUAACCGGACUGCUCCCAAGAGCGAGGACCCGUAUCUGCUCCUGCUGGUCAAGCUCUACCGGUUUUUGGCUCGUCGCACGGAUGCUGGCUUCAACAAAGUCCUCCUCCACCGUCUGUUUCUGUCUCGCACAAACCGGGCACCAUUGUCGCUUUCUCGCAUCAUGAAGGAGACUUCGAACGCUGGAGACCUUUCCGGCAAAAUCAUCGUCUCAGUCGGUACGAUCACGGACGAUAUCCGCCUGCCUGAGGUCCCCAAAAUGACCAUUGCUGCUUUGCGAUUCACCCGGUCCGCCAAGGAGCGCAUUCUCAACGCUGGUGGUGAAGUCCUGACCCUCGACCAACUUGCCAUGCGUGCCCCUACUGGCGCUAACACCAUUCUCCUCCGUGGACAAAAGACUGCUCGGGAGGCAAACAAGCACUUUGGCAUGGGCCCCCACAAGCACAAGAAGCCGUACACCAUCUCCAAGGGUCGCAAAUUCGAGUCUGCUCGUGGACGCAGAAAGUCCAAGGGUUUCAAGGUCUAAAGCGUCUUUCCCUUCGGGUUCUCUGCAGCAUGCUGGUGGAGAGUUCUUGCUUUAUGCCUUAUGUCACACUACUUUACACAGUCCCUGUGUCAUGCGCGUUCCUGUUUCUACAUGCCCAAACCAAAAAUCCGCAUCCGCAUCCAUA